AUGUUCUCCAUAAAUCCCCCUUUACCACCAUUACGUCUGGAGCCACACGACAACCACUCAUCUCCAUUCAUAAGUCCAUCACCACCUUCUGAAGCAGGUGGAUCUAUUCUUGGGGUGAGGUUUCUUGAUCCCCUUGCUGGUCUUGUUGUCUCAGGCAUGAUACUAAGGGCUGGACUCGAAACUGGUUACCAGAGGGAUGCAGACACAUUAGGGGAAGGAGAGCUGGUUGAUCCCUUGUGUAGUGUGAGCAUAGCACAUCAAAUUGGUGUAAGUGUUCGUUACCAUAUUCAGAAUUGGCAUCCUGAAGUUUCUGAAGUCUUCAUACACUUAGAGCCUAGCAAUAAACUUUUUGAUGUCCAGCAACAAGAAGAAAAUAGAAUUGAAGAAAUGAUUACUAAUAUGCUCUCUUCCAACUUCUCUCAGGUGAUGGCAAUCAAUGAGUCAUCAAGGUUGUGUCCUUCAAUUACAACAGAAAAUGUUCCUGUUAAAAUACUUGUUCAUCAAAUUCUUACCCCUUCUACUUCUGACAGCAACUUUUGUGCUAUGAAAAGGAGGUUCAACCGAAGGGGAAGUGGAAUAAAUGAUCCAACUACAACAAUGGAGGAGUUGUAUUCACUUUUGUUGAUAACUGGUGAUGUAUUGGCAGAUAAAGGAAAACGAGAAACCCCCUUGAUACCUAGGCUUAUGGAGGUAGUAAAUGAAAAACUCUUUUCUUUUCUUUCUAUAUUCUGCAUGUUUCGUAGCUUUCACUUUCUUCGAUUCUUCCUUUCCAUCUCAUCUUUUAUUCUCUGCUCUCUUAGCAUUUGCUCAUACAGACUGACAGUCUUAUGCUUUAUUAAAUCUGGAGGAUCAGGUUUGAAGAGGAAAUUACCAGAGGGAGAGGGAGAGGUUAUAGAAAUGUGUAAGUUUGUAAUUCAACAACAUGUUCGUGUUGUUUAUACUCAGCUUCUGCAAAGUGAUCCUACUAGUCUUGAUAAAUGCAUUGAUGACCCUCCAAAGGCCAGUAUCCACUCUUUCUACAAAGUCUUAACAGCUUCAGACACAAGCAUUCAUGGUGGUUUUCAGUGCUCAGAAAACACACAAAUGAAUGCCUACCUACAUUGUAUUUUUGUUCAGGACAUGUCUCAGCCUACUCCUACUCAAGAACUUGUAGCUAAAGAUCUUCAUGGGACUGAUCAACCCAAUUGGAUUCAUGCUUCUGAAAAAGGCGGAGUCGCUCCAUCUGUUUAUUCACGAAAGGAACCGGUGGCAAACUAA